AUGUAAACUUUGAUGGCUCAUUAAAUUUACAUCAAAGGUACUUGUUAUUAUUAUUCAGAUUUCAGGUUGUAGUAGAAAUAUAGAUACUUUAGAAUUGACAAGUACAUAAAUUAUUGAAAUAAUAAGAUUAUUUAUGUUAAGCUGUGUUGAAGUUGAGAGAUAGAAACAAUUAAUAAUAAGCAAUUGAAUUAUUAGGAACUGCAGGUGCCAUACCAACCUGUAUAUUAAUAACAGAAAUCAUAACAAAAAACAUUUCUGGAUUAUCAUAAAUAACAUCCUUUUAAUAGUAUUGAUUUAAAUUAUAAUCAGAGACAAUAUAAAUAAUGAUUAAGAAUCACUUUCAAUUGGUAUCAAAAUUAGAUUGACUUAUAAUCCAACAGAAGUAGAGAUGAAUUAACCAGGUUAUUAAUUGAAAAAUGUAGAUCUAAACAAUAAAAAUAAUAAUUGGGAUGACUUGUAUUAAUUUAUUAUGAUGUACUCAAAUAAUUUGUCAAAAUAUAAAAAUCAUGGUAAAAAAUUACAUAUAAUUUUUAUUAGAUUAAAAAAGAUAAUCAUUUAAUAGAAAAUCCAUCAAUCAAUUAUAAUCUUAAGUUCAACAACAAUAAGUCAUUAAUCUUACAAAUUAGAAUAAUUAUGAUUAAAGAACAUUUGUUUAUUACUCCAAUCUUGAAAGAAAUGAUAUAAAUAGAUCAACAAUCAAAACAAGAGGGAAUUCAAGAAAAUGAUGUUAUAAAAUAAUUUUAAACAAAUCACCUACCUUUAAUUAAUGUAAAAGUCUCUUACAUCUCCUAACAAAUUAUUUGAAUAUCUUCGAAAGAGAAAAGAAGAAUUGCAACAAGCCAGUCUCAUAUCUCCAAUAAUAUCACCAAAUAAGUAUUAAUCAUAGAGUUCUAUGGAUUAGGCACUCUAUUCCAAUUAAUAGGAAUAGUAAACAAUUAAUAAAUACCAAGAAGACUAGACCUAAAAGUAGUAUAGAUUGUAACAAUCUAAGUACUAUUUUAACUUAAAAUACACAUAUGCGUUAGAACAGCAAAAUCAUAGAUUGUAAAGAGAAUUCUAGUUACUUAUCUACUUCUGCCUUGAAUUUACUCAAAAAAAUUAAGUCUGAAAAGUUGGUUAGACCCAAAAAUGAUAUAGUAUAAUACAAUAAGCCAGAUGUCAAAAAAUAAUAUGAGCUAUUGUUAGAUUUAGCGAAAAAACCUCAGAUUCUUAAAUUACUUAAAGGACCUCGUUCUAUUAGUAAUCCUGAGAUAUUAGUACCCGAAUAUUAAAUUAUAAAGGCUUAUGGAUUAUCUUAGGCUGGAAUGUUGCAUACAGGAUAAAAAAAAAUAAAUCAAGAUACCUACAAGUUAAUACAAAAAUUUUGUGGAUAAGAGAAUGAUUGGUACUUUUAGGUUUCUGAUGGUCAUGGAACUUAUGGACAUUAGGUUGCAUAAUUUAUUUAUGAAGCUUUGCCUUAAUUUGUAGAGGAAGAGUUAAAAUAACUAUAAAAUUAAUAUGAAAAGAAUAGAUCAAUACAUAAAAUUUUGAAAUAAUGUUUUUUAAGAACGAAUUAAGAAUUAUUAAAAAGUGGUAUUGAUAUAACCUAUUCUGGUUCUACUACUAUUGUUGUAAUAACUUUCAAUAAUGAAUUAUAUUGUGCUAACAUAGGAGAUAGCAGAGCAAUUAUUGGAAGAUAUAAUGGCAAACUUUCUGUUGUUGAAUUAUCAAAAGAUCAUAAACCAGAUUGUUUUUUAGAAUAGACAAGAAUAUUAAGUAGAGGUGGAAGAGUAUUACCUUUUUAUGAUGAAGAUGGAUAAUCAAUUGGACCAGCAAGAGUUUGGACUAUGAAUGAAAAUGUUCCUGGUUUAGCUAUGUCAAGAAGUUUUGGAGAUUAUGUUGCUAGUUAAGUUGGUGUUAUUUGUGAACCUGAAAUUCUUAAAUAUUCUUUAUAAGAAUCUGAUAAAUUUGUCAUUGUUGCAUCUGAUGGUAUUUGGGAGUAUUAUUUAUGUUUAAUUAGAUUUUUAUAAAAUGACUUAGUUGUUUAAAUUGUAUAUGAAUUUUAUAAAAAAGGAGAUGUGAAUGGUGCAUGUGUUAAAUUAUUAUCAAUUGCAAGAGAAGCUUGGUAAAGAGAAGAUGAAGUCAUAGAUGAUAUUACUUUAAUUAUAGGAUUUUUUAAAUGA